AUGGUCUCCCUACUCACGUUCCUUUUCCUAGUACUGUUUCGUGUGGUCUGUGUUCACGCGACGAGCCUUGACACUCAUGACCACAUCAACCGUGACAUUGCUGCCGCUCACCACCACAUUAGAGGUCCAUAUGAUGGGGUUCCGAGCUCAGUUCAAGUUGCGCCCAGUACUGGCACGUCACCAGUAGUGUCUCCCACACCAGCUGUUGGCCCCACCAUCCUGCAAGACAUCAACACCAUUCAUCAGCGCAGGCUGGUAACAAUUACAGAGGGAAUCACUACAAACCCCACGAGUAUCUCAUCUUGGAUUGCUGACCUGGGAGCCAACGGACAAUGGCCUAGUUCUGAAGUUGAUUACACUUCUGGGUGUGAUGCACAAAGGUCUAACUGGCCUGCUCAAGAGCACUGGCAACGCAUCAGUACCAUGGCCGCUGCUUGGCACGGUGGUCUUAGCGGGGGGCAGCAAUACGUCAACAAUUCGGAGACCUUAGCCGCUAUAUCACUUGCCAUGGACUAUUGGUUCGCGAAUGAUUUCACCGACGCCGCAUGUCUAGACUAUGGAGGUACCCCAAGCUGCCCUUGUGGCACACCGGGAUUUUGGAACACAAAUUGGUUCUCCAACGUUAUUUUAAUCCCUGAAUUGGUGUCACAAUCCUGCCUCCUGGUGAACGACACAUUGACACCCACUCAGCUUGGCAAUUGUUCUCACAUCACCCUCCGUGCAUAUGGCACGUUCGACCAUUACGUCAAUGGCAUAGGUUAUAUUACUGGCGCGAAUACGCUGGACCUUGCAAAAAUUGGGAUUGAUCAAGGUCUUUUGGUUGUCAAUGUCUCCUUGAUCAUAGACGCCUUCACGAGAGUUCAUGAGACUGUAGUCAUCGAACAGCCUAUUGCAUCUGAUGGGAUUCGUCCUGAUGGAUCUUUCGGCCAACACACUGGGAUCAUCUAUAAUGGCAAUUAUGGGAAAGAUUUCUCAAAUGACGUUCUCAACCUGGAAACUGAGGCUGCAGGAACGCAAUUUGCUGCUAAUGCAACUUCCAAGACCGCAUUUGAAACCCUGUUCGACGGAGAUCGAUGGAUGAUCUUCCGUAACAUCCAAACCAAUGUAUUGCACUGGGAUUUUAGCGUCUUAGGCCGCUUCAUCAGUUUUCCUGUGAUUGACGGGCAGGCUACUGCUCGCAUCAAUAUGAACAUUUCAGAAAUUCAGCAGCUUGGGGAAGAAUGGAACUCCACCGUUCUCCUCAAAUUCUCUUCGGUCAUGUCAUCAAAUACAACCGAUGCGAAUGUGGGUGAGAUCCACGGGAAUCGUAUGUUCUUUGACAAUGACUACAUGGUAACUCGCGGUCCAGGCUAUGUGACCACAGUGAGAAUGUACUCCAAUAGGACGAUAAACACAGAGUGUCUCAACUCUCAAAACCUUUUAGGCUUCCAUCUCUCUGAUGGCACUGUUUACACUUACCUUCAAGGCAAUGAAUAUGAAGACAUUGCUGCGGCCUGGGACUGGAACCUUAUCCCUGGAACUACCGUGGACUAUAACGCCACACCACUUGACUGUAACAAUACUUCAUAUGCCGGUAAAGAAGCCUUUGUCGGCGGCGUCUCGGAUGGUCGAAUUGGUGUCGCAGCAAUGCGCUACACUAACCCUCUGAGUGGCUCGCUAUCCUGGCAAAAGACGUGGUUUUUUCUGGAGAAUGACAUUCAACAUGUCAUGAUUGCCAACAUUUCGUCUGCCACCGCAGCCCCCGUAUUUUCGGUUCUUGACCAACGACGCUUCGGAGGCGGUGUUUGGGUCAAUGGAGUUGGUACUUAUGGUGGCAACUACACAGAUCCACAAACCAUGUGGCAUGGUGGUGUUGGUUAUGAGUUCCCAACCGCUAAUGGGACAUAUGGACUCUCCGUUGAAUGGGGCAACCGUACGGGUGCUUGGUCAAGCAUUGGAUCCUCCACCCAACCUCCUGAGACGGCCGAACUCUUCACUGCAUGGCUCUAUCACAACAAUCUAUCCGCCCCCGUCUCCUACACAUCUUUUCCUGCGGUCGAUUACGGUACCUUCACGCUCAAGCGAGCGGCUACCCGACUGCAGGAAAUCGAGAAUAGCGCAAGUGUUACAGUGCUAUGGAGCCCUGCUGGUGGCUCCUUCACUUUCCAGCUGGAUGGAGGCUACGCACCAAUCACCGUCACAGCCAGUGCAAACGCCGCUAUCCUCUAUCGGGUGGAUUCUGGCACCGUGACAGUCUCAGAUCCAUCGCAGACACUUUCUGAACUCACUAUAGAGAUGACUGCCGGAAAUGGAGUUAAACCAUAUGGAUGGGGAUCUCAAAAUACCCUGCUUAUUUAUUUCACACUACCUAGUGGUGGUUCGGCAGGAAGCAGCGUGACCAGCGCGUUAGGGCAGUAG